GGGAGUCUGACAAUGACCAUUCAAAACUCAAGCCACUGGCCUGGAUCUUUGCUAAAUCCCUUGGGUCCAAACCUGAAGCUCAUGGACAAUCUGCAUCCUUUACAUCUUCGAAAAAGGAGAUGGGCUAUCACCGCUCUGGAACUUGAGGAGGAAGACGCAGGGCCUUUCCCAAAAUUAGUUGGAAAGAUCUUCAAAAAUGUAUCAUGUGAUGAAUGUAGGCAAUAUUUAAUCAGGGAACCUGAAGUGGCAGCUGGAUUGUUUUCUAUUGAAAAUUGUGGCGGAGGAAAUCUGUAUGUGCACCAUUCCAUUGAUCGAGAGAAAAUCUCUUUUUUAAAGGUACGGUUUGAUAUUGCGGAUAGAUGGACCAAUAAAAUAUUGAAUAGAUCUCUAUACUUCAGUGUUACAGUUAAGGAUAUAAAUGAUAAUGUACCUGAGUUUUCCCAGAAGGAAUUUAACAGCACUAUGACAGAAAAUCACAGAAGUGAUCUACCUGUUUUCAACAUCAUAGCUUUUGACAGGGAUGAAAAAGGCAGUGCAAAUUCUCGUGUGACGUAUUCUUUGGUGACUCAGAGACCUUAUCUGGCAGAAACUGUCUUUACUGUUCAUCCUUCAAAUGGCCAGAUAUACAUCAGCGGAUGCUCAGAUUAUCAGAUUGCAAAAGCAUUCCAACUCCUGGUCAAGGCUACAGAUCAUGGAACUCCACAACGGUCAUCAACAGCAACAAUUAAUAUUGCUUUAAAGGAUUCCAACAACAACCUGCCCAGAUUCACCCAGGAAAAAUAUCACCUGAAUAUCCCAGAAGGUGAAAUGAAACAUGGAAUCCUACGCCUGAGGGUGGAUGACCAAGAUUCUCCCAACACACCUGCUUGGAGAGCCAUGUAUAUGAUAAUUAGUGGAAAUGAAGGGGACAAUUUUGCCAUUGUAACAGAUCCUAGUACCAACGAAGGGGUGUUAAGCAUCAAAAAGCCUUUGAUCUAUGACAGCCGCCCUGAGAGAACACUUGUAAUAUCCGUAGAGAACGAAGAGGCCUACUUCUUGUGUAAAGGAGGCGUGGUGCAGAAUGUCCCUCAUCUGGAACGUCCCAAAGUAUCUGUGAAGAUUUAUGUCAUUAGCAGAAACCAUGCCCCUCAGUUUAACCCCCCUGUCCUCCUCCUCUGGCAAGAGGAGAGUGUGUCGGUUGGAACCAGCAUUGUACAAUAUACGGCCAGGGAUCCCGACGGACAUACCAUCAGAUACGAAGUUGCAUUUGACCCAAAUGGCUGGGUGUCUGUUGACAAAACCUUUGGGAUAGUGAGGACGGUGAAAAAGCUUGCUCGGGAAUCCCUUCACACAAACAGUGGUGUGUACACCAUUGUGAUACAUGCCAUUGAUGGUGGUGUUCCACAGCUAACCGGCACUGGGACCAUCUACCUUCUCCUGUCUUCUUCUGUUGUCCAUGAUCCAGAGUUAAUUACACCAUCUUUAAAUGUCUGUCAGGAAGAAGGAAUGGGCCCUUUCAUUAUAAAAGCUGAGAAAAAACACUCCUAUGCAGGGCCCUUUAUAUUUGAACUGGGAAUGGCCUGGGGAAAUGUGAAUAAUUCUUGGAAAUUGGGGAAAAACUCUGGUGAUUCAGUCGAGCUGUUCAUGGACAAGCCUGAUGCUCAGAAUCAUGCAACACCAUUUGCAGUGUACGCAGUGCCUGUGAAGAAAAACCAAAAUGACCCAAGGGGCAGUCUUCAUUAUAUGGACCAGUACGGCAAGUCUUCUGACAUACGGCUAUUGACAGGCGCUCAAAUCAGGAUGGAUUUUGAUACCUGGACUUUCCAAAGAAUGGUCGAAAUUGUGAAGCAAAGAUGUGAUCAUUUGAACAACCUCGAAGACAAGGUGUCCUACUUGCCUCAUGUUUAUGCAGAGGAAGGAAGCAUGGGGGGAAGUGAUUCCACUUGGUCCCUACCUGACCCAUAUGACAGCGACAACCGGCUGCCUCCUGAUUUCGUUGAUACGUUGGGGCCCAGACUUAACCCUCUGGGCAGAAUCUGUCGCAUGGAACGUGAUAGGAUUCACUUCUAAAU